UGAAGUUAUCCGGUUGGAGCUUAAACCGAUCCACAAUAAAUCCGACCCGAAAUCCUUAGGUCUGUUAAAAUUAUAAGCCCCCAAACCCUAGCAGCUCCUCUGCCAUUUAUCUUCUCUGCGCCAAAAUAUCGAAGAGUGAUAUAGAGAGAUGGUGCAAUAUAGCUUUAAGAAGAUAACUGUUGUACCAAAUGGGAAGGAUUUUAUUGAUAUCAUUCUGUCUCGCACCCAAAGGCAAACACCAACUGUUGUUCACAAGGGCUAUGCCAUUUCCCGUCUCCGCCAGUUUUAUAUGCGUAAAGUGAAGUACACACAGCAGAAUUUUCACGAGAAGCUCACAGCCAUUAUUGAUGAGUUCCCUCGUCUGGAUGAUAUCCACCCUUUCUACGGGGACCUUCUUCAUGUGCUGUACAACAAGGACCAUUACAAGCUUGCUCUUGGCCAAAUAAAUACAGCUAGGAACCUUAUUAGUAAGAUUGCUAAAGAUUAUGUGAAGCUGUUGAAGUAUGGUGACUCAUUAUAUCGGUGUAAGUCUUUGAAGGUUGCUGCUUUAGGUCGCAUGUGUACCGUGAUAAAAAGGAUUGGUCCAAGUUUGGCUUAUCUAGAGCAGAUCAGACAACACAUGGCAAGGCUGCCUUCAAUUGACCCAAAUACUCGGACAAUCUUGAUUUGUGGCUAUCCUAAUGUUGGUAAAAGCUCAUUUAUGAACAAGAUCACCAGGGCGGAUGUGGAUGUCCAACCUUAUGCAUUCACCACGAAGUCACUUUUUGUGGGUCAUACAGAUUAUAAGUACCUCAGGUACCAGGUGAUUGAUACACCGGGGAUUUUGGACAGGCCGUUUGAAGAUCGUAACAUUAUUGAGAUGUGUAGUAUUACCGCUCUAGCCCACCUACGAGCUGCAGUGUUGUUCUUCUUGGACAUCUCAGGCUCAUGUGGCUAUAGCAUUGCCCAACAGGCUGCUCUUUUUCACAGCAUCAAGUCUCUUUUUAUGAAUAAACCAUUGAUCAUUGUCUGCAACAAGACUGAUUUGCAGCCUCUUGAUAGGUUAUCUGAGGAAGACAUGAAGCUUGUAAUGGAAAUGAAAGCUGAAGCCAUUAAGACUGUGAUGGGUCAAGGAGGAGAGCCUUCAAAUGAAGAGGGAGUACUGUUGACAAUGAGCACUUUGACUCAGGAUGGAGUGAUUGCUGUGAAGAAUGCAGCUUGUGAGAGGUUAUUGAAUCAGAGGGUGGAAUUGAAGAUGAAAUCAAAAAAGAUUAAUGACUGCCUCAAUAGGUUUCAUGUUGCUAUCCCAAAGCCACGUGACCAGAAGGAGAGGCCACCUUGCAUACCUCAGGCAGUUUUGGAAGCUAAAGCUAAGCAAGCAGCAGAGCAGGAGAAGAGAAAGACAGAAAAGGAUUUGGAGGAUGAAAAUGGAGGUGCUGGUGUUUACUCUUCUAAUUUGAGGAAGAACUAUAUUUUGGCCAAUAAUGAAUGGAAGGAAGAUAUAUUGCCUGAAAUUCUUGAUGGUCAUAAUGUGUAUGACUUCAUUGAUCCUGAUAUCUUAUUAAGGCUUGAAGAGUUGGAAAGAGAAGAGGGUCUUCGGCAAGCAGAAGAAGAAGAUACUGAAUUUGAAAUGGAUGGUAAUGAAUUGUCCCCUGAAGAGCAAGAAGCACUGGCUGCAAUCCGUAAAAAGAAAAGUUUGCUCAUUCAACAACAUAGGAUCAAGAAAAGCACUGCAGAGAGUCGACCCACUGUACCAAGAAAGUUUGACAAGUACAGGGAGUUUACAACAGAGAGAAUGGGCAGACAGCUGUCAAAUAUGGGGCUGGAUCCAUCUAUGGCAAUUAACCGUGUUCGCAGCAGGUCAAGAGGCCGGAAAAGGGAGAGGUCAUUUGAUAGAGGAGAUGAUGGUGGUGAGGCUAUGGAUAUGGAUGUUGACCGACCAAAUAAGAUGCUACGUGUGAGGUCUAGGUCCCUGUCAAUGUCAAGGUCAAGGUCACGAUCGCGGCCUCCAAGUGAAGUUGUACCAGGAGAGGGCUUCAAGGACUCUGCUCAAAAGGUAAAGGCACAUAAACUAGCAAAGAAAUCUGUUAAGAAGAGGAACAAAGAUGCUCGUCGUGGAGAGGCUGAUAGAGUUAUUCCUACAUUGAAACCAAAACAUUUAUUUUCUGGGAAACGCUCCAUUGGAAAAACUCAAAGGCGUUAGACAACUAAAGGUCUUCGGAAGUAUUGCCUGGUGAUGACUGUGGAGGGGUCUUAGUUUUCCUUUGUGGGCAGGUUUUCUGCAGCAACUAUGAAUAUGAGAUUCUUGGGCUAAAAUGUUCUGGGGAUUGAUAAGCAGCUAAUGUUGUACCUCCCACAGGACUAGGUACCAGGGUUCUGCUUCUAUCACUGACUCCUACUUGUUUUAGGGGGCUUAUCCCCAUUUGCCCAAAGUUAAAUAUUGUGCGUCUAGUUUUGCACAUGCUUUUAUAUUUAUCCAAUGAGGACUAUGUUGUGCUUUCUUACAGUAAAGUUUUUGCCUUAGUCAUUGAGUUUAA